UGGUCAAUGCUGGUCUGGUCGGGUGUCUCAGCGCUGGUCUGGUUAACAGGUCAACGCUGGUCUGUUCGACGGUCAGCUGGUCAACACUGGUCUGGUUGACGGUCAGCUGGUUAGCCAACUGGUCUGGUCGACUGGUCCGCUGGUCUGGUUGAUGGGUCAACUCUGGUCUGAUCAAAGGUCGGCUUGGAUACUGCAGAGCUGAUGCACAGUACGAUCCUAUGAAGUCUUCGCCAAAGUCAUCUGAAGAAUCUGCGGCCUCUUCUGUGUCAUGUGAGCUGAGUUACUAACCUACUGAAGCUUCCUUUCCUUCCUCUCUUCCCGGCUGGUGGGAGGAGAAGAAUCCUAUUAGUUUGCUCCAUAAUGGCGGACACGUGUGGCCAAGUACUUCUGGGGUCUGGAUUAACGGUCCUUUCCCACCCCCUCAUGUACAUCAAAGUUCUAGUUCAGGUUGGACAUGAACCUCUCCCUCCGUCCCUAGGAAGAAACCUGUUUGGUAGACAAGUGUACCAGCUGCCAGGACUGUUUGCCUAUGCAAAGCACAUCAUAAAGAUUGAUGGCAAGGCAGGUCUCUUUAAUGGCCUAGCCCCCAGGCUCUGUGCAGGGACCAUCGGCACCCUUGUACACAGCAGAGUCUUGCAGAGAUGCCAGGAUGCAGGCAAAUAUGAGGUCUCUGGAACCAGUCAGAAAGCUGAAGAGGGAUCCUUACAGCAUGUUGUGAAUGAGACAACCAAAGAGAUGAUAGCCCGCUCCUGUGCCACGAUCGUCACGCACCCCUUCCAUGUGAUCACCUUGAGAUGCAUGGUCCAGUUUAUCGGUAGAGAAACCAAGUACAGUGGAGUGUUUGAUUCCAUCGUCACUGUCUACAAGAAUGAAGGAGUUCUGGGAUUCUUUGCGGGCCUUAUUCCUCGUCUGCUGGGUGACGUACUGUCUCUGUGGAUCUGCAACAUGCUUGCCCACCUCGUCAACACAUACGCCAUUGACGACUCAAUGAGUCACACAGGAGAAAUAAAGAAUUGCUCUCAGGCUGUGACUGGGUUCUUCGCCAGUAUGCUCACAUACCCCUUUGUUUUGGUGUCAAACCUCAUGGCUGUCAACAACUGCGGUCUGGCUGGCGGCCUCCCUCCCUAUGCUUCAAUAUAUCCAACCUGGGUGGACUGCUGGAGGCACCUGAGCCUAGAGGGAAACAUGAGCAGAGGCAACAGUUUAUUUUUCCGGAAGCUGCCUGUGGGGAAGACGUAUGCAAUCGACCAGAAGAGAUUUUUUUAAGUCUUGAACUACCUGCAUAGAAUCUAAUUGUAAUAAUAUAAAUUGACAUUGCCUGAAAGGGGGUGGAUCGCUGGCAUCUAAUCCUUUGUAUGCACUUGUUUACGAUUUUUUUUUUUUUUUUUUAAACAACCUGUCCGAGUCUGUCAUCAAGUAAAGAUAAAAUUGCAAUGUGCUGCUUUGAUUGGAAAUGUGAAGAGCUUUAUUUUAAUAUAUAGAAAUUUGUAAAACUGUACUGCAGGAUAAUUAAAUGGAGCCGUUUCACCUAAAUCCAGGAAUAAACAAGAUUGCAAUAGUUCCCAGUUCACCUCUUUCUGUGAUGGGAGACUAAAUCGUAUGUCAAUUAUUGCCAAUAUACAAACUUUCGGAAUACCCUGUAUAUCUGGCUGGCAUGGAGUGGAGGCCCUCCCUGUGCUCUGAAUAUAAGAUGGAAGUUUUAGCUAAUCUGCAUGUAAUGUUUAAUUCAAAAGUUAUUGGGAAUUGGGACCUUGUAUUGAUGUAUGUAAUCAUGCGAUAAGAAAUGGAUGCGUUAAGGUAACUUGGGGCCACACUGAGCUAUGGAGAAUGAGUUGACAUGUCUAUGGCCUUGUCGAAGCAGUCAGGUGCUUGUAUUAACUCAUUUUGACUGAUCCAAAUAAAGAUGCUUUUUUGGACUUCUU